GAGAGAGAGAGAGAGAGAGAGGAUUGCUCAAACUUUACUCUUCUUCCUUUUCUGUACACUUUAUUGUUUCUGUUUCGAGUUAGAGGAAAUGGGUAGAAGGGAUUUCCUAAUUUUGAAGAUAAUCCAGAAGCCCUAGGUUUUUUGGGAUAUGGGUUCUGAAGUUCUUGCUUCUGUUGUUCAAUGGAGGACGAUUUGUUGUGAAGUGCUGAUCAGUUUGAGCUCUGAUUUUUUGUUGAGCUGAUUAAUUUAUUCUGCUUUCGAAGAUAGUGGGUUUGGGCGUUUGGGAUUUUGGAGUAGGAUGGAUAUAGAUGAAGAAGGUGGAAAAGGAGAGAGUGGCGGCAAAGGAGAUGGUGGUGUAGGUGUGGAGGCGGAGAAGAACUGGCCGGAGGUUGAACGGAAGGUGAAGCGGAAAAUGAAGACUCCUUUUCAGUUGGAAGUUUUAGAGAAAAUUUAUUCCAUCGAUUCACACCCUUCAGAGGCCCUGAGAGCCGAGCUUUUGGUCAAAUUAGGCCUCACUGACCGGCAGCUCCAAAUGUGGUUCUGCCAUCGGAGGUUAAAAGACCGAAAGGCCCCCACAAAGAAGAAGCUAAAAAGGAGUGCCUUAUCAUCCCCUGACGGUAUUGCUCAUGAAACGGUGAUAAAAAUUGCUGACGUGGCGAAAGGUGGCUUCCUGGGCUUAGAUAUCUAUGGGAACACGAAUGUGCAACACAAGCAGCAAAUGAGAGUAGCUCAUAAAGUUGGGACAGCUGUGCCUAGAAUAUCAAUGGAGUCACCGCCCAUGAGGAGGCUCUAUGAGCCGCCAUUAGCCAUAUCAGAACAGAGAGCGAUUAAGUUUGUGGAGGCACAGUUGGAGGAGCCAUUAAGGGAGGAUGGGCCCAUUUUGGGAAUGGAGUUUGACCCAUUGCCACCUGGCGCAUUUGGUGCACCGAUUGUUUCAUCAGAACAACAGAAAGUAGCUCGGCGGUCUUAUGAUCCCCAAUUAUACGAGAGGGUAGAAGCUAAACCAGUCAAGGGUACUUCAAAAGCUCUUCACGAAUACCAAUUUCUCCCAGAGAAGCCAUCUGCUAGACAUGAUGACACCUAUGACAGAGCUACGCUGCAACAUUUUUAUGGUUUGCCUAAUCCAAUAUCCAACACAAGAUCUGUGAUGCACUGCAAUGAGCAAGUAUCCUCUGAAUAUCGCCAAAAUCAAACUCCUGGCUUACAUAUUUUUCCUCAACAAAGCAUGCGGGAGGUUUGCUUGUCUCGAGGGCCCAGGGAAGUUGAUAUUCCUCCUUCAAUGGGCUCCAUGCCGAAUGCCAGCAUUGAUGCUCAUCUUUUUGUUCGCCAAGUUACUGAGUUGGCUGGUAAAAGUAUAACACCAGAUAGGCGCAUCAUACUUGACCAUGAAAGGUUGGAGAGGAAGUGGAAGGCUGAAGAGGCUAGAAUAGCCAAGGAAGUCGAAGCUCAUGAGAAAAGGAUAAGAAAAGAGCUAGAGAGACAAGAUAUUUUGAGAAGGAAGAGAGAAGAGCAGAUGAGGAAAGAGAUUGAAAGACAGGACCGUGAACGGCGGAAGGAGGAGGAGAGACUGAUGCGUGAAAUGCAGCGUGAAGAGGAGAGGUUCCUCAAGGAGCAAAGACGUGAGAUGGAAAGAAGGGAAAAAUUCCUACGAAAAGAAUACAUAAGAGCAGAGAAAAUGAGGUAUAAAGAAGAAAUGCGCCGGGAGAAGGAAGCUGCAAGGCUGAAAGCUGCAAACAAUAGGACGGCUGCUCGUAAAAUUGCAAAGGAACCAACAGAACUGGUUGAGGAUGAAAGAUUGGAACUCAUGGAGCUUGCAACCUUAAGUAAGGCAUUACCAUCGAUUUUGGCUCUAGACAGUGAAACAUUAGAGAACCUCGACUUACUUAAAGGAAAGCUCCCAGAGUUCCCGCCUGAGUCGGUGCCCUUGAAAAGGCCUUUCAAAGGCCAGCCUUGGACUGAUUCGGAGGAGAAUAUCAGCAAUGUUUUAAUGGUUUGGAGAUUCUUAAUUGCUUUUGCUGAUGUUCUUGGGCUCUGGCCAUUCACAUUGGAUGAGUUCACUCAAGCUUUGCAUGAUUGUGAUCCAAGGUUGCUUGGAGAGAUCCACUUAGCUCUUUUGAGAUGUAUCAUAAAAGACAUUGAAGAUGUCGCAAGGACACCUGCCAAUGCAAUGGCAGCAAAUCAAAGUUCCGCAUUUAACCCUCUCGGAGGGCAUCCACACAUUGUUGGAGGGGCAUAUGCUUGGGGCUUCAAUUUGCUUAGCUGGAAGCACCUCUUGACCUCAUUAACUUGGCCUGAAUGUGAUGAUUGUGCAGCUGCAAUAUCCGAUCUGCGAAGUGGAUUGGCUGCUGAGAAUGCUGUGACUCUUAUGCAAGAAAAGGGUUUUUCCCAUUCUCGAAGAAAAUCCAGGCAUCGGUUGACUCCUGGAACAGUCAAAUAUGCAGCAUUUCAUAUUCUAACGCUGGAGGGAAGCAAGGGACUUUCAAUACUGGAAAUUGCUGACAAGAUCCAGAGAUCCGGACUCAGGGAUCUAACGACGAGCAAAACACCUGAAGCUUCCAUUUCUGCUGCUUUGUCAAGGGACACAAAGCUGUUUGAGAAAACAGCCCCUUCGACUUACUGUGUACGCUCCCCCUACAGAAUGGACCCUUCUAACGCUGAAGAGAUUCUCUCGGCCGCCAGGGACAAAAUCCUCGCUUGCCAAAACGGAGUUUUAGAAGAAGAAGAAGAUGAAGAAGAAGCUGAAAAGGUAGACUUCGCAAGGGAUCAAGAAUCCGAAAGUGAUGACGUGGAUGAUCCCGAUGUUGACUUGGAUGCUGCGCCAAAACCGAACGAAGCUUCUCAUCAUGGCAAAAAUUCCAUAAAUGCCCUUGGAAAUUUGGAAAGUGGUGUGAACUUGGAUCGGUUGGUUAAUGAGAUCAAGACCAAAGGAGAAACUAGCGCUCCAGGCGUGGAAAGUAUUGGAGUUGAGCCUGAGAUUGUUGGUCAUGAUCUCGAUAACAUUAUAAAUGAUGAAUGUGGUUUAGGAGAACAAUGGGUUCAGGGGCUUACUGAAAUGGAGUACGCGGAUUUAAGCACCGAAGAGCGUCUAAAUGCGCUUGUUGCCUUGGAACGACUAGAGGCAGCAAAUGCGCUAAAGAAGCAAAUGUGGACCGAGGCCCAGCUUGAUAAACGUCGAAUGAAAGACGAGCACAUUUUGAAGUUCCAGCAUCCAUCAUCAAUCGAGCACAACAGAAGCCCAAUGUCGAGUGUGUAUGUGAAAAACAAGUCAUCAUUAACGAACUCCGUGUUCCGACUGUUCGACUUGAACAACGAUCAUCAGGAUGAAGAAAAUUAUUGUAAUAGCAGUAUUACUGAAAAGAAGCCACGAUCACAGCUAAAAGCUUUAAUCGGUCACUGGGCUGAGGAGAUUUACAUAUAUAGAUCAUUGCCUUUGGGAGAGGACCGGAGAAGAAAUCGGUACUGGCAGUUCAUGACAUCUUCAUCCAAAAACGAUCCAGGAUCUGGGAAACUAUACGUCGAGUUAUGCAAUGGCACUUGGAGAGUUAUUGAUUCAGCAGAGGGUUUUGAUGCUCUGUUGUCAUCUUUGGACGUUCGUGGGAUUAGAGAAUAUCAUUUGCAUUCGAUGUUGCAAAAUAUUGAGGGUUCUUUCAAAGAAUCAGCCAGGAUUAACUUGUUACGGUCAAAUUCCAUUCUCCAUUCUGGUGAAGAUUUCACGAAAGAAGUCAAACACAGGAUGGACUUGUAUUUUGAGCUUGAAAACAAUAUAAACAAGGAAAACUGGGUCAUGGCUAGACAUAAGGAUUUCAAUUGGCUUUGGAAAGAAUGCUUCGAUUCUAACAUAUCGGGUGCCUUAAAGUUUGGGACAGUUAGGCGUGAAAGGCUGCUGGAGAUUUGCACGUCAUGUCAUGGCUUGUUUUCUUGGGAGGAUAUUCACUGUCCUUCCUGUCAUAGGACUUACAAAACAUCAGAUAUACAUUUCAGUUUCGCAGAACACGUUAGCCAAUGUGAAAGGAAAAUGAGUGAAGGGAUUAUUAAAGGGGUCUCACUCGAUCUUUCGCUGCCCCCGAGGGUUAAAUUGCUGAAAGCACAGUUAGCUUUCAUUGAGGUUAUGUCUGCCUCGAUUCCUGCAGAUGCUUUUAAUACUGUUUGGUCAGACGAGUAUAGGAAAUCUUGGGGUAGAAAGCUGUAUGUGGCAUUAACAGCCGAAGACCUUCUUCAGACACUGACAUUGCUUGAAGAUAGCAUCAAAAGAGAGUUCUUGUCAUCAAAUUACGAAACCACAUCCGAGCUGUUGAACUCAUCCGAAGCUUUCGGCAAUUGUGUCGAAACUUUGUGUAUGCUUCGACAGGUUUCAUUACUUCCUUGGAUACCUCGUACAAUGCCAGCUGUCGCUUUAAGGCUUAUGGAACUCGACGUAUCUAUUUAUUACAGCCCCGACCAGAAAGCGACUCGUCAAAAAGAACAUCAUGAAGCUGCACAUUUCUCUAAAUUUCCGAUGAACUACUCGUCUAGUUGGGCCGAACCUGUAAAUGGGCCCACGAUCUUGAAACGUGGCCGUGGACGCCCGAGAGGGCCCAGCCGCUCGGCCCGUUUAGUCUCAAAAGCCCAGAAAAAGCCCAUCGUAAAUCGUCGUGUCAAACAAUCAAACGUGGGCCCAACAAAAGAUCACGAAAACGAUAAUUUCCCAUCACUCCCCACCUGGAAAGGCCGGAAGAAAAGUCGCCAGUCGACCGCAGGCCGGAAAGAAAGAAGGGGCAGUGGCAGGGGUAAAAUCGUCUUUUGCGACACUGCCGUUUUACGGCAAGAGAGGAAUAUGGGUGAGGCCGGUGAAAAUGCCGCCAGUAGUUUUGGACGAUCGGAAUUCAAUGAGGGCGAUGACGAAGAAGUCUCGGCUGCCGGUUUUUUGAGCAGUGUCGGGCUCGAUAAUUAUGACGGUGUUGUCGAUGAUUAUUACGAUGAGUGUAAUGAGGAGCAAAACCGGGCAAACGGUGGAGGGCAAAAUGGGGAUUUUGAUACGAGUUCAGAUGGCGGUUCAUCUCCUGAGUCGGAAUAUAGGUAUUAACGAGAUAGGCAAAUGCUACAAUGGAAAAUGUUGAUAGCGUAGUGUAGCUAACUUGAACUGGUUUUAAGUUGUGGUUUUGGGAUGUUGUUGAGGUUGGGGAUGAAUGAUUUUUGCUGCUAAUUUUUGUAGGGAACUUUAUCGGAAAAUAAAAAAUAAAAUGACUAUAAUAUAUAAUACCGAGGCCUG